UGGUGCCGCUGUGCAGAGCUCCUCCACGGGACCGGGGGCUGUGAGGGAUGCUGGUGUUCGCGGGCGUAUCCCCGAAGCUGCCACAGUAACAGAAAUCCUCUCUGCAGAGAUACUCUUUCUGCUUAUGCCUGCUUAUUGCUGCUGCUAGCUAAAUUUCAGCGCGGCAGUGUGGUCUCCAAAGCCUCCACCAGAAGUGUGUGUUACUUGAGAGAACCAAACAGGCUGUCGCUGUUUUCUGGGCCUGCCAGAUAUCUUGGGCCUGGAAAAACGUGGAGAGCCAGAAAAGGGCCAGGCUGUGUUUCUGCCACCCGAGGAACACGUGGCUGGAACUGGGGCAGCCCUCCCCUCAGCGAGGUUCCUUUUCCUGUUGUCUCAACAAACACGUGGUUUAGCCGUGAUUGGGAGAGCCUCUGAAAGCUGUACCUGUGUGGUUCAGUAGUUUCACCAUGUGGGUGAAGCGUUGUGGAAAGCGGUCCUUGGAGCUCAUCUCCUAUUUUGUCACCUAAUAAAAGGGUAACAGAUCUCUCCUGAAGAAGUAUUAAAAUUUGGAUUCCCUAUGAGACUAUGCAAAUAAUAAAGGUGUUCAGAUCACAGCUCAGUGUUUCUUCAGUCAGUGACCAAGAUGCCUGCAGGGCAGGACUGCAACCAGUCAGCCGGUGGAAAGCCUAUGGCCUCAAUGGGUACCCAGGGUUUAUUUUCAUACAAAACCCUUUCCUUCCGGGCUGCCAGCGUCACUGGGUGAAACAGUGUCUCAAGUUAUACACCCAGAAACCCAAUGUCUGCAACCUGGACCUGCAUAUGGCUCCUGAGAAGACCGCUGAUCUGUGGGGGCAAAGCAAGGAAAAGCUGAGAAGGAAAGGUUCCAGUAAAUGUGAGCCCAGAAGCUUACUGGAGAAGUUGCGCUGGGUGACCCUUGGUUACCAUUACAAUUGGGAUACCAAGAAGUACUCAGCAAAUCAUCACACUCCUUUCCCCUCAGACCUUGCAUUCUUGUCAGAACAAGUGGCUGCAGCCUGUGGAUUCCGGGGUUUCCAAGCCCAAGCAGGGAUCUUGAACUAUUAUCACUUUGAUUCUUCCCUGGGAAUUCAUGUAGAUGAGUCUGAACUAGACCAUUCUCGUCCCCUUUUAUCAUUCAGUUUUGGACAAUCUUCCAUAUUUUUACUUGGGGGCCUGAAGCGGGAAGAGGCCCCAACAGCAAUGUUCAUGCACAGUGGAGAUAUCAUGGUGAUGUCUGGCUUCAGCCGUCUGCUGUACCAUGCUGUCCCCCGUGUCCUUCCCAACCCUGAAGGGACAGCUUUGCCUUUGUGCCUCGACCAGGCACUUUCUACAGACCUUCCUGUUGGCUCUGUCAUUGAGCACAGCUCUGAUGAGGAUUGGCAAGUCUGUGCCAAGUACUUGCAGUCUUCCCGUAUCAACAUGACUAUUCGACAGGUGUUGGCUGAGGGUCAGAAAUUUCCAGAGGAGUCUGCGACAAACACAGAGAGUUGGGUACCCUCGGAAGACAGUCACCAUCAGGAGAACAGCAGAGCCAAGAGACAUAAACCAAAUAUGGACAGCUGAGACCCAAAGAUUGUGCUAACGUGGACUGAAUGGACAACCUCAGUUGUACCAGAAGUCUUUGUCUAUACAGGCAUUCAGAAACAGCUGUAGAAUAAAGCAGUCCUUGCUGCUAUAAGGAAGAGGUUGGGGUCUGGGAUGAAGAAAUAAAACAAGAAAGAAGGAUAAAUUUAGGACUAGGACUCAGAAGAUGAACUUUGCUGUGGGCAUUUAUUGUACUUGGUUCCCUUUAUGAUGUAUUCUCUGCAGCUUUCUGAUCUGUAUGCCAGAACUGUAAGCUUGGUUCAGUUAUGUUUGUAAAAUAUUUUCAAAUAAUUGGGCAGAAAGUGCUAGCAAAUGAUACCGUUGCUAUUUAUUAAAGAAGCCAAUCAGGCUAGUAAAGCUCAGCUGGAGUGCGUUAACAAAUGUGAGGGAGAGUAGGUUGCUAUGAAACCUACCUGCAGCAUUUCCAAGUGAAUUACUUCUACUGCAAAAACUGGUUCAGUGAUCAGAAACUAGCAGCUCCCUUGAGCAACACAUGGUAAGCUUGUUCUAGCCUUGUGCUCUCCUUCUGCUUGCUUGCAGCCCCCCCAGCUGCAGCAGAAAAUGAUUUUGAGUGGAUCUGGACUUCUUGCAUACCUCAGCUUUUAAAGGGAAAUGACAUGGGGCAGCAUUAGAAUACCAGUUGAGUAUGUCCUAUACCCCCAUUCUUUCACAUCUGCCUCCUCUAAGUGCCUGCAGAUCAGGGUCCUGCAGCCUCAAGCUAGUAUCUGUAAGUUACAGAAUGUCCUCCAAGUAAAAGCAAUGAAGUUGUAGACUGAGUACAUAAAAAAGAAAAUUAUCAGUAUCUCUGCACAAAGAUAUACUGAAACAAAGAAAAGUACUGACUUUUGUUCUCUUUAAGACUCAGACCUUCCUAUCGAUUUUUUUAAUGCAAUUUUAAUUGUUGUAGUGGAAUGCUCUAUCCCUAGGGUAUUUUGUUGCACUUUCCAAUGAAUAAACUUACUCCGUUUUUAAAUUAAAGAUCUUUAUCAG